AUGAUUUUUUCAAAAAUUAUUAAACUAUUAAAAAUUGUUUUAUUCAUACUUAUUUUUAUUUUUCUAUGGAUAAAAUACGAUCAAUAUUCGACACAACUACAAUUAUUAUUAUUAUUAAAUGAAAACACUACUUGUUCGUUUGAUAACAUUGUUGCAUGUCAAAGUUCUAAGAUUCGACAUCGUACAUUUCUGUACAUUAUUUGGGGUGGAGCUGGAUUUGGUAGUGAAAUAAAUCAAUUGUUACUUGCAUUUGCCUAUAGUAUAUCAACAAAAAGACAUUUUUUAAUUGACAGUCAACAAUGGAAUUAUGGAAAUUUUAAUCAUUAUUUUAAUAUUUCAUCAACGAAUUAUUAUUUUCAAUCAAAUCGUCAGUUUCUUGUCGAAAAUAAUACUCUUAAUAAUGAAAUUGAUCAUUUAAAGACAACACGUAUUGGAACACAAGUAAGAAAAUUUUGGUUGGCCACUCGACAAGUUCAAUCGUUUGAAGUGAAACGUAAAGUAGCACAAUUUUUAUGGAAAUCAAUAUCAAAAGAAACAUUGAACUUUAUUGAGAAUUGUCAAAUAAAAAAUUUCACAAAUUAUAUUGGUAUUCAUAUAAGAAAAGGUGACAAAUUAAAGUCAGAAGCUCCAUCAGUAUCAUUAGAACAACAUAUUAAAUCAAUUGAAAAUAUAUUCAAUAAAACUAAAACCAUUCAAAAUAUUUUUGUUGCUUCAGAUGAUUUAACAGUAAUCAAACAAUUUCGUCAUUUAAAGCCAAUAUGGAAUUUUUUUCAAAUAAAUUAUAAUAAUUAUCAAGACAUAAAUAGAACUGGUCAUUUUCAAUCGAAAUUUAACCAUUUAUCAUUGGAAAGAAAAUUAUUUGAAACUCGUUUAUUGAUGUGUGAAUUACAAAUGUUAAUUAAUUCUCAAUAUGUUUCAUGUAGUAUGUAUUCAAAUAUAUGUAGACUUUUAAAAAUAUUAAGAUAUCAACAUCCAACAACAACAGUUUCAUUAGGCCGAUCAUGGUAUCCUACAUAA